AUGGAUGAAGAUGCACUUGAGAUUCUGGAAAUUUUGCCACAAGUUCCACUGACUAUUAUUUACAGUACCCUUGGAAAGUAUAAGAAUGAUCCAUUUCGAAGGGAUAAGGCCCUCACAUAUCUCCUGAAUGAAGACCUUGCUUCUAGCCCAGAAUGGCUUCUAGCUGAGAGGCAGCCACAUUCAGCAGAGAAACCUUCGCAUGCCUUUGCUGAUAAUAUUGCAGGGACUUCUCAUUCGUAUGGAGUCUGGCCUGUAUCAUUAGCUGAUUCCACAAGCAAAAGUGAUAAUCAUCCAAACAAGAGACCAUCCACAAGUGUUCCUGAAGGAAGGAAUCCCAAAGAAGGGCGAAAUGACCUGGAUCUUAUAGUUCCAGAAAAUGCCAAUUCCAUGCCUGAUGGACAGGAUCUUAAAAGGGAUCAGCAACUGACAUUGUUGCUAGGCAUGUUUCCUGACUGUGAUCCAGAAUACCUGAAGAUGAAAUGUGAUGAAUGCAAUUAUUGUGAUAAUGCUUUGCAGGUGGUGGUGCAAGAUAUGUUGGAUCAACAGAAUUAUCCUCACUGCAAGCAGGCCCACUUGCACAAGUCUUUGGAUCUGAAGAGCAAAUACAGUGAUAUGUCACUUCAUGAAUUCCUGGACUUAGUUGAUGACCCUUUGGAUUUUUUUUAUAGAACAGAUAGACCUGCUACUCCUGCAUAUGUCAACCUUACCACAGCAUAUUUGAAAAAGAAUUUCCCAUAUCAUACUGUGAGAGAGAUAGAGAAGUUGAUGCGGGAGAAUCGUUCACUUCUUGCACCCACAGUUAAGGCUAUCAGGAAUGGAAAUUUUGAGUUGAGAAAAACAAGACGUCCAGCAUCAGAGGUGCAUGAACCUCAUGAAACUGAUGAAAACUUUCUAAAGGAGCUGACCUUCCUUCGGUUUGAAGCUGGAAUUCAAGAUUACUUUGCACUACAGAGGGAUGUUCGGGAAAAUGAGAAGCGUGAAGCAAGGAAGACAGGGAGCCUCUUGGAAUGCCCCAUAUGUUGUGACGAUGAACUUAUCUACCUUGACAUGGAAGCAUGUCCUGAAGGACACACUUUUUGUGGAUCUUGUGUGAAGAGGCAUGUAAAUGAGCAAGUGGGUCAAGGUAGGGUGGAUUUCCCCUGCUUGGAUGUAUCCUGCUCAGCUCUAUUUGAUUAUAGGACUCUUGCUAAACUUAUGAAGCCUUCAGUGAUGUCUAGGAUUUUGAAACAGAAGCAGGCUGAGGAGAUAAAAGCUGCAGACAUCCCAUGUCUUGAAUGUUGUCCUUUCUGUGACUUUGCUAUGAUUGUGGAGGAUUCAAAUGAGAAGCUAUUCAGGUGCCUAAAUCCAGAAUGCAUGAAGGAGUCAUGCCGGUUAUGCAAGGAACCAAGUCAUAUUCCAUUGAGAUGUGAUGAAGUGGAAAAAGAAGCAGAAGUCCAGGCUCGAACAUAUUUGGAAAAUGAGAUGUCAGAGUCUAUAAUCAGAGAAUGCCAUAAAUGUCAUAAACGGUUCAUGAAAGAAGAGGGCUGCAACAAAAUGACCUGCAGUUGUGGUGCCUCAAUGUGCUAUGUUUGCAAGAAACCUGGGGUAGGCUAUGACCAUUUCCGUGUCUAUUGUGGUGUGAUUCUGGAGUCCUCCAUGCACAAGAAGUACGAGCAAGGGCAGCAGAGGCAAAACAAGUACUCCUAGAGCAAAGGCC